AUGGAUGAACCAAAAACUAUAGAAAAAAAGCUACAAGAUGAAGGAUUACAUAUGGAGAAUAUUCUAAAAAAUGAAAUUACUCAGGGGAACGAUGGGAAUGGGAAAAAUGUGGAAAUUCAUAUAAGUAGUGAUAGUAAGGAGAAAAAUGGCAAUUCAUCGAAUAGUGGUAAUAUAAGUAACCCAUUAGGAAGAAUAGUAACAAAUUGUGAUAAGAGUAAUAAAGGAGUAGAUAAUAUUGCAAAUAGCGAGAAGGGUACAUCCAAAAAUAAUAACGAAAGUGAUAAUAACUCAUUUAGCGGGAUUGAUAAUAAUAAUGUAAGUACUGAAAAGGAAGAAAUAGAAGAAGUAAAUGAAGAUAAAUUGAACGAAUUGUUUGAUGACUUCUUAAAAGACAUAGAAAAUGUUUCCACAACAAAGGAUAACAACCAAGAUGGGGAGAAAAAAUUAAAUAAAGGAGAUGCACAAAAGGAGAUAAGAAGAAUAUUAGCUAAUAAAAAUAGCUCACCGUUUGAAAUCUUUGAGAUAUGCGAAAAUAUAAAUAUGGAGAUAAUAAAAAGUAAAUAUAGAAGAUUAUCUGUCCUCAUUCAUCCUGAUAAAUGUAAGAUUGAAAAAGCUAGUGAAGCGUUUCAUAUUUUAAAUAAAGCAUAUGAAGAAUUAAAAAAAGAUGAUAUUAAAGAUCAAUAUAAGAGUGUCUACGAAAUAGCCAAAAAAAACAUAAUAAAAAAAUUAAAUUUAAAAAAGAAAAAAAACGAAAUAGGUGAGUAUUUAAACCAAAAAGAAGACGAAUAUGAAAUUAGUAAGGAGGUGAAACAGCUAAUUAAUGAAGAAUGUGAAAUUUUACUAAAAGAACAAAAGGAGAAAAUAGAAUAUGCUCAAAAAUGUAAACUAGCCAAUCUGAGAUAUGCUCAGGAAAAAGAGGAAGAAAAAAUGCAGGAGGAGUUAAAAAAAGAAAAAGAAAGAAAAUUAUGGGUUGAAGGACAAGACGAACGGGUAAAUAGUUGGAAAAAUUUUAAAAAGGAAAAUUUGAAAAGUGAGAAAGAAUUUCAGUUAUAUAAAAAUGUAAGUAAAAAGAAAGAAGAACGAACAGAAGAAGAAAAGAAGAAAUUGAAAAAACUUCCUAUUAGCAACAACGAGCAAAGUAAUAUGCAUAAGAAAAGAAGAAAAAAAUGA